GGAUCACAUCUAUAAAUGUAUUCCCUUCGACAUCUUCCUUCCAGAAUUGACACAAAACCCCAAAAUUCAACAUGGAAGCAUCAGAUUCUUCAAAACUUUUCACAGAAGAUUGGAUAAUAACUAUCCCAUCUCAUCCCCACCUCCGCUUCAUUCGUCUAAUCCCCAGCCGCUACAACCAUCUAGUCCGCAUAUUUAGCAACCCCUUAAACGACCCCAAUAACCGCACUCCAGACGAUACCAGCUGGAAAGAAUCCGAUUCUGUUGAUCUGAUAAAAACCUACACUCAACGCUUUUUCACUUCCAAAAGCUCACAUAAUGCCCUGGCACUCCUAGUAGAGGAAAAUGGCAACACUGUAGGCAUAGGACUCAUGCAUGAAUUCGAAAACCAACCCCGCUUCGCGAAUAUUGGGACGAUUCUUGAGGAAGCGGGAAGGGGUCAUGGGAUUGGAAAGGUUUUGAUGAAAUUACUUCUGAAGUUAAGUUGUGAGUUGAACGUGGAUGUUGUGGAGGCGGGUACGAUGAAGAAGAAUGCGGCGAUGAGAGGGCUGAUGAGGAGUUUGGGGAUUGAGGAGGUGGAGGAAGAGAAGAUCAUGCCAGGGAAUAGAAAGGUAGCCGACAUAAUGUUCAAGGAUAUCGAGAGGCAGAGGUGGAAGGAUUUUGAGAUUCAGGUUGAGUUUUUGGGAGAGGUACAUUGAUGAGGGGUUAGAACGUGGUGGUUAUGUCACUUAUUUGAUACAUAUAUCUCAUAAGAUUCAAGUUAAGUUGAACUUGAUUAUCAAAAUGCUAAAAAAGUAGCAGUCUGCUACUUUGUCACCCCCUCA